AUGACAAUGGAGCAGUCAGCGCCUUGUACUCCAGAUGCUACAAUGAUAAAUACUGUCACCAACAGAGAUAGUGAAAUAACAAAUGAUUCUCAUGUUACACAAGUUGCAAGUUCGGCUGGUGCUAACUCUUGUUUUAUGAAUGAAGCUCAGAGUCCAUUGGGUCAGCUCGAUCCUCACAGAUUACGAGAUAUGGUUGUGGAUAAACAAAUACCGGUUGGCCAGACACAGACUGAACAACCACAUUAUAAGCAAGAAGUUUAUUGGACACCUUCAUCCACCAGUGGUGCUUCAUCUUCACCCACAAAUAAUGUGCGCAAUACACCAGUUAGUUCAUCGUCACCUCUUAUUCAAGCAGUAUCAAGGAUGUCACAAGGGUCAAGUACUCCACAGUCAGUUAGGGAUUCUUCGUUAAUGUCACCAAGUGCAUCACGAAACGCGUUACAACAACAAUUGGGAAUAUGUAUGCCAGGCCAAAGCCCACUGAAUAGUCCAAGUGUGAUGCAUCCACCUCCUUCGCCUUUCAUUGCUCAUCCAUCAUCAGCUCCAUCUCCGUCAGUUUAUGUGCCUCCACAAAAUACCCCACAUUAUCCGGUAAACAUGCAACAAAUGCCACAAAGCCCCGCUGAUGUCGUUAUGCAGCCGGGACAAAUUCAGGUCAUACCUUCAAAUGCCACCAUGUAUCCAAGGAUCAAUGCAAUGAGUCCACAUCAGUCUCAGUAUAGUUAUCAUCCUCAAAUGCAACCUCAGUGGAGUUCAAAACCUCAGCCACAGCAUUACAUUGGCCAAGCUCAAAUGGUGAGUGGAGUUCCUUCUCAGCGCAUAUUAGUCCAACGAGUAUCUUAUCCUCCAACAGGUUAUCCGCAAAAUAUGUCACAAGCGCAAUCGUUUUCCGGUCAACCACCACCUCAGACACCUGUCGUUUAUCCGCAGGGAAAUCCAUCGAAUAUUCCGUCAGCUCAAGCCACUUCUGCAACAAUACCUCAGGCUCGUCCCAAUAUAUAUCCUACUCAAGCACUCUCCCAAACGGUUAGCGUUCCUGCAACACCAGUUGCAACAUCAACAUCAAAUCAGUAUCAAUCAGGUUAUUAUCAAAAGACGCAAAAUUCAUAUUCGCAAGCUCAGAAUGAGAAAAGUUCUAACAUGACAACUGAAAAUCUUUUUGGUUGCUAUGAAGAUGAUAAUGAUGUUAAAAAAGCACCACAGUCGGUUCCAGUUCGGCCAUUUCUUGCUGCUAGUCAAUCACAACAACUAGCAUCACCAACUUCAUAUCCGAGUUAG